CUUUGUGAGGCACUCCUCAUGGUGCAGGCUUUUCAUGCCAAUAUAAUCUUCCCAAACAAGCAGGAACAAGUCUUUAAUAAACUAACAAAUGAUGGUCAUGUGCUUGAUUCAGAGACUUACGUAGGAGGACAUGUGGAAGCUUUGGAAUCGGGAGUUUUUCGUAGUGACAUACCAUGCCGAUUUAAAAUGAACCCAGCAGCAUUUGAUUUCUUGCUGCAAAGAGUGGAGCAUACCAUGCGACAUGCCAUUGAGGAAGAGGAGAAACUUCCCAUAGACCAGGUUACUAAUUUCCAAGAGGUUUGUGAUGAGAUUAAAAAGAAACUGAACUGUUUGAAGGAAGUUCCCAACAGGAUUGAAUGUCCACUCAUUUACCACUUGGAUGUAGGAGCAAUGUACCCUAACAUCAUUCUGACCAACCGCUUGCAGCCUUCUGCCAUUGUGGAUGAAGCCACCUGUGCAGCAUGUGAUUUCAACAAACCAGGUGCAUACUGCCAACGCAAGAUGACCUGGAUGUGGCGAGGAGAGUUUAAACUUCCUGUUUUGCUAAUUAAGGGUCUUGGCGAUGCAGAAACUGAAAUGGGAACAGAUCCUGUUGUUUUGGCAUUCGACAUUGAGACUACAAAAUUGCCAUUAAAAUUUCCAGAUGCUGAGAAUGACCAGAUCAUGAUGAUUUCCUACAUGAUUGAUGGACAGGGCUAUCUGAUUACAAACAGGGAAAUUGUGUCUGAAGAUAUUGAGGAUUUUGAGUUUACACCAAAGCCAGAAUAUGAGGGUCCUUUUUGUGUAUUUAAUGAACCAGAUGAGGCAAGCUUAAUUCGCAAAUGGUUUGAACACCUUCAGGAAACAAAACCUAACAUACUUGUGACAUAUAAUGGUGAUUCUUUUGAUUGGCCUUUUGUGGAGGCACGAGCUGCAGUGCAUGGUUUGAACAUGUACAAAGAGAUUGGCUUUCAGAAAGAUAGUCAGGGCGAGUUCAAAGCUAGUCAGAGCGUUCACAUGGACUGCUACAGGUGGGUGAAGCGAGACAGUUACCUCCCUGUAGGUAGCCAGAACUUGAAAGCUGCAGCUAAAGCUAAACUGGGAUAUGACCCUGUGGAAUUGGAUCCUGAAGAUAUGUGUCGAAUGGCUACUGAGGAACCACAGACUUUAGCCACUUACUCAGUCUCUGAUGCCGUGGCUACCUAUUACAUGUACAUGAAGUACGUGCACCCCUUCAUUUUUGCCUUGUGUACAAUCAUCCCUAUGGAACCUGAUGAGAAUGUUGCAGGGCCCGGAAAGAUUUAUGAUUGGAAGGAAACGUUUCCACUAAAAGAAGGUAGCAUCCGACAUAUUUACUUCUACCACAAUGCCCAAGGGAAUAAGGCUUUAUUUGGCUUGUUCAUCCCCUCUCAAAGGAAGGCUUCUGUAUUUGUUCUUGACACUGUUCGCAGUAAUCAAAUGCCGAAUUUGAAUAAUCUAUAUGCAGCCGAGCGCACUGCUAUGCUGGAGAAAUUGGAUGAAGAACUACUGCCACCUGAUAAACAUACAUUUGAAGUUCGAGCAGAAAAAGACCCAAAGUUAAUCUACAGAGCAAUUCAGCGUCUCCUGCUGAGCUACAAGGAUGAAAAAAGAGGACCAACUCUCAUUGCUGUACAAUCGAAGUGGCAGCUAAAGAGGCUGACAAAUGGGAUGUCAGUUCUGGAUGAGUUUCCAUUGGUGCCUGUUCAUGUAAUUGAUGAUAUUAGUUAUGGUGUAUUGGAUUGGCAGCGCCAUGGUGUCCGUAGAAUGAUCAGACACUACCUCAACUUGGAUAGUAUUCUGUCCAAGGCUUUUGAGAUGGCCAGAUAUUAUCAUAUUCCUAUUGGAAAUCUUCCAGAUGACAUCUCAACUUUUGGAUCAGACCUCUUCUUUUCCAGACAUCUUAGACAACACAACCAUCUGCUGUGGCUUUCCCCAACAUCACGACCUGAUCUAGGAGGAAAGGAGGCAGACGAUAAUCGCCUGGUCAUGGAAUUUGAAGAAAAGUCAACAGUUGAGAUUAAUAAUCCAGGGUGUUACUCUACAGUUACUGUGGAGCUGGAUAUUCAGAGCUUGGCUGUGAAUACCAUCCUUCAGUCCCAUCACAUUAAUGAUAUGGAAGGAGCAUCCAGUAUUGGUGUCAGCUUUGAUGUAAUCCAGCAAGCUUCCCUUGAAGACAUGAUGGCUGGUAACCAGGCAGCUAAUGCACUUGCCAGCUAUGAUGAAGCAGCAUUGUGCUCCAACACUUUCAGAAUUUUGAAAAGCAUGGUUGUUGGCUGGGUAAAGGAGAUCACCCACUAUCAAAAUGUUUAUGCUGAUAACCAAGUGAUGCACUUUUAUCGUUGGCUGCGAACACCUUCAUCACUGCUAUAUGAUCCUGCACUACAUCGUAUUCUCCACAAUAUGAUGAAGAAACUGUUUCUGCAGCUGGUAGCAGAGUUUAAAAGGCUGGGUUCAUCAAUUAUCUAUGCUAACUUCAACCGGCUAUUGCUAUGCACCAAGAAGCGCCGAAUUGAAGAUUCUGUGGGAUACGUGCAAUACAUCACAAAGAGCAUUCAUUCCCGUGAGAUUUUCCACUCCCUCUCCAUCUCGUUUUCUCGGUGCUGGGAAUUUCUGCUUUGGAUGGACCCAGCUAAUUACGCUGGCAUUAAGGGUAAACUUCCCUCCAGUAUCCUCAGUGGAGAGGUGGAGAGCAAUAAAGGAACAAAGGAAAAUGUUGAAGAUGACAGCAGUGAUGAUGAAGAGAUUCAUUCUGAGGAUGAGGAAACUGGCACUGAUGUCGAAGACCUUUUGGACAAUAACUGGAAUAUCAUGCAUUAUUUGCCACAAGCAUCAUCUUGUCAGAGCUACUUCCUCAUGAUUGUCUCAGCUUAUAUUGUAGCUGUGUACCACAGCAUGAAGGAAGAACUUAGACGCAAUGCCCCAGGGUGUACUCCUAUAAAACGACGAGGCACCAGCCAAAUUUCACAGGAGCCUGCAGGAGAAACGGGAGCAUCUGCAGGAAUGAUCACCUUCUCUCAGGAGUAUGUUGCUAAUGAGCUCACACACAACUUUUUCACCAUCACUCAGAAAAUUUUGAAGAAAGUGAGCAGCAAUAGACACUCCACUGAGCCUUCUGAAAUGUUCCCAGUUCUACCAGGCUCCUAUCUUCCAUUCAACAAUCCUGCACUGGAAUUCAUCAAAUCAGUUUGUAAGAUCUUGUCUCUGGAUUCGAACAUAACCAACCAGGUUAAUAAGUUGAAACGAGAUCUUUUACGUCUAAUCGAUGUAGGGGAAUUCUCUGAGGAAGCUCAGUUUAAAGACCCCUGCCAGUCCUACAUAUUAGCUGAAGUUAUCUGCAAGAAUUGCAACUUCUGCCAUGACCUGGAUCUUUGUAAAGACCCUUCCAUGUUGCAGGAUGGCACUAUACUACCCAAGUGGUGCUGCACUAAUUGUCAGACUGAGUACGACUCAGAUUCUAUAGAAAUGGAAUUGGUAGAAGCACUGAAGAAGAAAAUGAUGGCCUAUACGCUUCAGGAUUUGGUUUGUUCGAAAUGUAAAGGAAUCAAAGAAGCCAACAUGCCAAUUUAUUGUACUUGUGCCCGGGACUUUGAUUUGACCAUUUCUGUAAAGGGAUUUAUGGAACAAAUCCAGGUAUUCAGAAAUAUUGCCAGACACUACAGCAUGCCCUUCUUGUUGGAGACUGUUGAUUGGAUGUUUAGGAUGAAUACAAACCUAAGGCCAUGAAGACAAAAGAGUUAACAAGAUGAACAAAUAUCAAUGAAGUUAUGAACAUGAGUCUUUCAAGGUGCAUUUGGAAUUAACCAUUUCUACGCUAAAGAACUUGAUUAAAUCCGUUUCUCUAAUGCCAGCAGAUGCUGCAUAAUCUGAGCAUUCUUCUAGUGUAAAUCGAUGAUGUGGUCUGAACAGCAACCAGCUCAUUGGGAGCGUAUAAUGCAAGCAGAGCAAUUUCUGCCUAGUGACAAAUUUACCCUGUCUAUGGAACUGUUGAGUAAUGAAACGAAUUUCUGGAAAGAAUGAGCAUAACCAACUAAAUGCAUCCUGGUUUAUUCAAGCGUAGAUUCUGGUAAAUUAACUCGGUGACUUUGUUAAAUAACAUCUAGUUCAGGCCAUUGCUUACAAACUAUUACAUAUAGUAAUACACCCUGGUACGUGAUUAAAAUACCAUAUUGUAAUAUAGUCAAAAUGAUUUAGAUCUAAUAAGCUGUUACAAUUAAGCUCAAGCAAUUUAGAAACUUCCCAUGAAUCUUGGAACUAAGGUCUAGGCUUAAAUUCUGUUCCUAGUAUGUUUUCAAACCUAUAUGCAGUAUGUGGUAUAUAAGGAAACAUUUUCCCUGUGUUGUAAUACUGUGUUUCUGGUCCUUAGGAAAUUUCGGUUUUAAACAACACCAGAGUGCCACCUGGUUUAAUCUUUAUGCAAUGUGAGAAAUCAAAAGACAACUAUUAAAUUGAUGUAGACCCAGUCAUCAAGUAAACACCAAAAAAUGGCAGCAUCAGUUAUCUGGUAUUCUAAUUGAUGGUGUUGUAGGUUUAAGUUUUUAUAAAAUUAUCUAAUAUGUAAUUCAACCUGUGAAAGCAUGUUUACAAAUUUAUUUUUCAUCGCAAAACCAAGAAUCUAUUCAUUUUUUGUGGAAUUCAAGAAAUGAAUAAAAUAGAACAAAUUAUUUUUGAAGGGUUGUGUUAAUUGAUCCAUGUAAACUAAAUUAGGCCAUGAGUGCUCUGUCAGCAUAGAGUUUUAUCUGACUUUGUUGAUGUGCUUGUAUUUCUCUGCUGUAUAUGCAGCAAUGUUAUUCAAAUUGGAAACUGGCAAUUUUGUCUGAAUGGCUAGUUGCAACCUUUGUAACAGUCAAUCUUAAAUAUUUUCUAACUACACUUUUUAUUUAAAGUCAAAGAUUUUAAUGAAUUAUGUGAGAAGUUAAGGCAACCCCUUAAAUCUUGCAUAGCAUGACUUGGAAAAUUACUUUAAACAUGAACUUAAAAUAUAUAAAAAAUAGUGCAACAGAUUUUUUGAGUGGUCUAACUGUGUUUAACAAUAAUACAGGCUAGCAUUAAUAGAGUUAUGUAUCUGGGCCUCCACCAUUGUUGAAAUCAACUGGGAAGAAAGGUCAGAUAAGUAAAAAGGAAGUUUACUUAAUGGCAGAGGCCCUGAUUUUUUUUAAAAGGCAGAUUUUUGUUUGCUUUGUUAGUCCACCUUCUUAAAAUACAGUUGCUGUGAUCAUUGUGCUGCCAUUUAGGGGUACCCCAUUAGCUAGGCAAACAAAUAAAUCUUGUUUGUGUAAUAAUUUGCUGUUUUGACUACCUUAGCAUUUCAACCUGCCUGGUAUUUCAUUUAUAAAUGAACCAAUUGUGUCACUAUCUUUUUAACGUGUAUUCUUGUUUCAGUUCCACCAAUUUCCAGACUUCCAGAUAUAUUUUACUUGGUUAUGAUUGUUUAGAAAAUUGCAACAGAGGGGUUUGAAGGAAAAGAUAUUCCUGUUCUGUACUGGGUCAUAUUAAUGACGUUAUUUCUUCUUUAAAUGUGAGCACUGUUUUCAAACUGUUUCUGUUUUUGUUAGAAUAUUUGGUAUUCAGAAAUCUCUGCAGAGAGCUAGUGCAUUAUACAGGCAACUUUUUUUUUAUUCAGCAUUGAUUACUGCAAAAUGUGCUGUAGCUGAUGAACAGCAAAAACACUUUUUACUUCAAUAACAAUUUUCUAUUAAAAACUUUACAAUGUUUUUACAGUGCAAUACAAAUAAAACAUUAACAUUUCUGUGAUACUUGGACAUCCUCACUCUUUCUUUCAGUUUUAAUAUGAUAAUUUGGUACGCAGGUUAAAAUCAGCAUUGGUAUGUAACAGUGAUGUAGUGAUUCCUUGGCAUUUAAAUAGCUUUUACAAUGCAGAAGCAGGCUGUUGAGGCCAAAUGAUCUAUGCUGAUAUUUAUGCUGCAUGUGACGCUUCUUCUAACACAUCAAUAUAUUCUUCUGUUUAUUUUUUAUUCAUUUCUAGUUUUUCCUUAAAUACAUGUAUGCCAUCAGACUCCAUCAUUUUGGUAGCAAGUUUCACUGUCUAACCACUCUCUAGGCAAAGUUUCCAGGUUUCUCUUGAAUUCCCUAUUGGAUUUACCAAUUUAUGACCCUAUGUCUAUACUCGCCCAUUACUGGAAUUAUUUUCUGAAUGUCUGCUGUAUCAAAUCUUCUAAAAACCUUGAGGACCUUUUUAUAAGACCACUCCACACUGUCCUCUCUUUUUCUUCAUGGGUAUAACCACUCAACUCUAUAUCAUUUCUAGUAAAUCUUUCUUGCACUAUGUUAAUCCUUUCUGUAAUAUGGAGAGCCAAUGCCUAUGUUAUUAUGUGUUUCAAAGUCACCGAGGAAGAAUAUUCAUCACCAGAAGAAUCCUGAUUUCAACUGACAUUUCAUUAGAUGAUGCUGCCUCACACAUGAACUUAGUCCUAGUCUCUCCUAUUAGUGGAAACAUUUUCUGCACUUCCACUCUAUCCAAGUCACUCGGUAUCCUGUAAAUUUAAGUCCAAUCCCUCCUUAACCUUCUAAACUCCCAUAAAGUACCGACCCAGAGUCCUCAACCACUCUUCAUAUGACAAGCUGUUCAUCCCCAGGAUCAUUCUUGUAGAUCUCCUCUGGACCCCCUCCAACACCAGCACAUCUUUCUUUUAGGUAUGGAGCUCAAAACUGCACACAACGUUCUAAAUUUGGUCUGACCACAGCUUUAUACAGCCUCAGCACUCCAUCUCUGCUGUUGUUUUCUAACCUUCUUGAAAUGAAUGUCAAAUUUGCCUUCCUAACCAUCAAGUGAACUUGCACAUUAACCUUAAGCGAAUCCUGAACUAAGGCUCCCGAGUCCCUUUUCACUUCAAGUUUGUCUUCCCCCAUUUAGAAAAUAUUCUACACCAGUUCUUCCUACCAAAAUGUAUAACUUCACAUUUUGUUCCAUCUGCCACUUCUUUGUCCGCUCGCCUAGCAUAUCCAAGUCCUUCUGAAGCUCCCUGCUACUGCAAGACUACUUGUUCUACCAUCUAGCUUUGUGUCUUCUGCAAAUGUAGUAAUAAUGCCCUUCAUUCAAAUCAUUAAUGAAUGGCGUGAACAGUUAUGGUCCCAACAGUGACCCAGUGGAACUCCACUAGUCAUUGGCUGCCAACCUUAAAAAGACCCCUUUAUCCCUAUUCUCUGUCUUCUACCAGCAGCCAAUCUUCUAUCCAUGCUAGUGCCUUGUUCCUAACACCAUGGGCUCUUUUUUCAUGUAGCAGCCUCCUGUGUGGCACCUUGUCAAAGGCCUUCUGAAGAUCCAAGUUGAUCACAUCUAUUGUCUCUCCUUUGUCUAACUUACUCAUUACCUCUUCAAGGAAUUCUAACAGAUUUGUCAGGCAUGGCGUCCCCUUGACGAAACUAUGUUGACUUCAC